UCUGAUCCACAAUCCACCAGCUCCUCUCUGUGCUUGCAGGCUCCAGUCAAGAUGAACCCAAAGAUGAACUUGAGCACCCUGCUGAUCGUGUUGCUGUUCUCUCUGAAGCUGGUCUCUUCUGCUCAUGGCCCUAACACAGGGAAGGACUGCUGUCCAAGGACACAGAAGGCAAAGAUCCCGCUGAAACAGAUAGUCUCCUACUACAAAACCAGCAGCAGCUGCGCCCUGCCGGCCCUUGUGUUUGUGACUAAGCUCGGAAAACACUGGUGUGUGAACCCCGCUGAUGGCUGGGUGAAGAGCCAUGCAGCUGCUGUGGACCGCAGGUUGGCCAGCACUCCAGUGAUGAGCACCAGAGCCUAAGGCCUACCACCCUAGCAGGCUGUCAAUCAUCUACAUUUCACAUUUUAGUCAUUUGGCAGAUGCUUUCAAUCCAAAGGUUCUUUAAAAGCGUAAAAUCCAUAACCAGUAAAAUACGCAUGAAUGUAUUUAUGUAUGUAUUUUUUAAUUUUUUAAUUUAUUAAGGGUUAGGGUUAGACAAGAGGGAUAUUGGAAGGAGGGGAGUGGGGAAUCAGGCAGGUAUAGUCCUCCCAGCACACUUCCUGCCAGCUGUGGGAAACCCAAAGGCCAAAGAGAGGAUGUGUCUAGUUGCAUCAGAUAUUCCUGGAUUUCAUUCAUGGAAUAUUUUCCUGAUCAUGAUGAAUUGAUUGUAUACAUUGAUUUACUUUCUCAAGUUUCCUGUUAACUUAUUAAAGGAUUUUGUACAUUUCAA